GUCCCGUCACGGCUCCUGUGCCGCCUGGCCCACGCGUGGCCUUCCGGGACCGGCCGGGCCGGGUCAGCCCAGCCCAUUCCGUUUCCUCCGGCGGCCCGCGGAAGCAGAAGGAGAAGUAGCCAAGCAUAAAAUACAUAGUUUCUGCUGAACAAGAGCAGUAGCAGACUACAAGGAAAGAGACAAUGUCUUCUGAAACAGUCCAACAGGGAAGUCAGACACCUCCAAUAAAGCAACCUGGAUGGCCAAUGCUAUUUUGUCCCAUGUCCCAAAUUCAAGACAGCGAGAUUGCAAGGAUCCGGAAAGAAUGCAAACAGGAAAGUUUCUGGUACAGAGCUCUUCCUUUAUCUCUUGGGAGCAUGCUUGUCACCCAGGGGCUAAUCACAAAAGGUAUAUUCUCAGCAAGCCCAAGAUUUGGUCCAUACCCCAAGAUGGCAAUUGCUGGUGUCUUGGGUUUUGCCAUUGGAAAGAUGUCAUACAUGAGAGAAUGCCAAAAGAAGUUUCAGAAAAUUGGCAUUGCACCAUUUGGUCCACAACAAAAAAGGCAGUGUCAUCAUGCUUGCAAAGAAUGUAAAGCAAAAUUGGGACCAAAUGAGAAAGAAGGUUCAAUUCCUUCAGCAUCUUAGUCCCAGAUGUGGUGAACGUGAUAAAAACCUUAUGGACCAUCUUCUUUCAAGGCACUUUCCUGUAGUCUAGAAAUAAUAAUGAUUAAAUAAUAAUUUUGUGAUUCUAUCUCUUAGAUUUGGUAUAGAUUGGCUAUUUGAAAUAGUUGCAUAAUACAUCGUUCUGUUUGUACUAAAUAAGUUUUUUGAAAUGCACUUUUUGAAAUACACUCCUCUCUUUUCAGCAUUGUUGGUUUGUUUUCCUCUGUUCAGUGCAAUUUAGCCCUUAGUGCAGAAAAGUUACAUUUGUCUAUUGUAUUUAGAUGCUGGCAACGCUCUGUGUAACAGAGUGGUUUAUGUUGGAAUGUUUGUCUGUGUCAAACAGAAAGGGUGUGAGAAUGUUUAAAUGGUUUGCACAGUGAAGCAGCUAUGCAGUCUCUGAGCUGACCCCUUGGUUAUGGAGUACUUUCAGAGUACCAAAUUCAGAGUAUUGUCAGACUGCAGUUGCUGUGCUGAACCAACUUCCCAUAAGCCAGUUUUACAUAAAGGACUGCUUUGCCAGGGAUACCAAAAGUGUGUGCCACAUUCAUGAACAAGAACACACAAUAUUUUGGAACAGUUGAUGGUUGUACAAAAUUUGAGGCCACCAGAUGCUGAAAAAAACCCAAACCUAGAUGGCACAUGCUCUCUACAAACAGUAGGACACUGUCUUCCAUGAAACAUCUCAGGAAAUCAAAAGCAGGCACUUCCCCUAAACACAGUGAUGGCUUUCACAAGGAAAUAAAUGCACAGCUACUGAAAAGUUUGGGCUUUGCUGUCAGUCGAUGAAGACAGUCUUCUGUGGGCUUUUUCUGUUUGCUUUUAUGCUACGCCUAUGGUUAGUGCCCCUCUUUUGAACUUGCUUCUGUGGGCAUCUUUACCUGCACACAAAGAAAUUCCGCAAGAAAAAUAUAUAGUGUGAAAAAGUAUAAUGUAACCAUGAAUUGGUUAGUAAACAAAAAAGACAUUCUGAAUUUGACAAAGUGAUUAGGCUGAAUACUCAACUCCUUGAUAAAGCACUUGGAUAGCCUUUCCUAGCCAAGCAGCCAUCAGGAAAGGGGAAGGGUUAGACCGACUAGCUUCCCUGUUGUUUUCUUUACAGUAAGAUUUUAUACUUUUCUACUUGGUGUUGAGCUUCUUGAAUUUUUGAGCUGUUAAGAACCCCUGUCUCAACUGGGGCUUCAAUUUUACUCUUGUUACUUUUCUACAGUAUUUUUCUACAGUGCUUUCAAUUGGAGUCAGGGAUACACAGCAGUGCUAUGUCACAGCUGCUGCUGUGUACAGGUGAGCCUUGGAGAGUCUUCCACAGGGGCUCCAGGGAGAGGGGGUUACACAACCACAGAGAAGGCAACCUCCUUUGUGGAAAUCAUGUCAUUUUCAUGGGUGUACUGUGAUAGCCACCAAAACUUGCAUGGUGACAUGUCUGAGCUACUUCCCCUUCAUCUGUCAUCUGCUGUCAAGAUAACAGCCAGAAGCUGCACUAAGGUUUGUCACGCCUGGGUUAUCUGAGGGAAGCCACUACACCCAGGUGACACCAAGGAGAGUGAUGUGUGUGACAGAGCAUCAUCUGACAUCUUGCAUGUCAGACUCUCAGAGGUUGUUCUUGUGGUCUGUGUUACCUCUUGGGAUUACAACU